AACAAGAAUAAAAAUGAUAAAAAUGAUAAAAAUGACAAAAAUGACAAACAUGACAAAAAUGCCAGAAAUGACAAAAAUUACAAAAAUGACAAAAAUGACCACAAUGUCAAAAAUGAAAGGAAUGAUAGGAAUGACAAAAUGACUAAAAUGAUAAAAAUUACAAUAAUUACAAAAAUGACAAAAAUUACAAAAAAUACAAAAAUUAAAUUUUUUUCAAAAAUUACAAAAUGAACAAAAUGACAAAAAUGUCAAAAUUUACAAAAAUGGCAAAAAUGACAAAAAUGACCAAAACGACAAAAAUGAAAAAAAUUUACAAAAAUGACAAAAGUGGCAAAAAUGACAAAAAUGACAAAAAUCACAAAAAUGACAAACAUGACAAAAAUGAAAAAAAAUGACAAAAAUGACAAAAUAAAAAAAAGCAAUAUUUUUUUUGUUUUUGAAAAAUGGUGGGGAACCGUGGGCCACCAAAUCCAAUUUGACCAAAUAACAUGCAAAGAGCUGACCCAAAACUGUAAUUUCAUAUUUUAUUUUGUUAUUUUCAAGUAAUUUCAGAUGAUGAAAUUAUUAAGAGAAUUGUGUAUGACCGAAAAGUUUCGAAAACCUGGCUCGCGAACGUUUUGGCAAAUUCCUUAUAUAGAAUGGACAAAAUAUGUUUCAUAACUCGUCAUUUAGCAUAAGAAAACUUUACAGAUAAAAAAACUUAUUUUAAGUUCCGAAUGUGUAUAAAAACAUAAAAAUAUAGGUGGUCCAAGAUACCCUACAAAAUGUGGCCCACGAUUCCCCACAAGCUAUAUUUUGCAAAAUGGUUGCGUUUGUGUAACUUAUUAAUGUUUCAUCGAAAAUUCCUUUUCCACGUAAAAGAACGGGACAAAACUAAGAUCAUAGCGACUGUUUUCAUAAAUCUGUCUAAUUCUGUAAACGAUACAGAAUUCUAAUUGUGAACAAAAAUUGCGCAUUUCCUACUACAGUCAACUCAAAUUUCCUAUGCACCAUUUAUGUCGUACCUAGUAAGUGUUUCCCACGCAAAAAACUUUCGAGGUACGAAUACUUUGUUGGGUAGGUAGUUAAAUUGAAUGAACAAUAAAGCAAACAAUUUAAAACACUAUCACAAUGUUCUGUCUAGUCAUUGGAUUUUUUUUCGAAGCAAUUUGAGGCAAUAAAGAUAAAAUAUAGGUUACUGCGAACCUAAUCAAAAUUUUCGGUUCCAAUCACUGAUUGUCCCAAUCUGUAGGAGGGAUACUUGGUCGGAAUACUUCUAAACUGCACUCUGGUAUCAGGUUCUUAAGUUAGGUUCAGUACCGAAUUUGCAAAAUUUCUUCAGUAGAAAUUACCGAAUUUUCGGUAAAAAAAAUAGUUGUUCGGUAAAAUUACCGAACUUUCGGUAAAAUUAUUUCAAAAUUCGGUAAUGAAAACGAAACCGUUUUCGGUGAUAUCCUUGUACUGUAAGACAUUUUUUUAUUGAGUUUAGGGCAAUUUGAUUCGAUCCCGACCAAUUGUCCCCGCUUUAUGAUUGAAUUUGUUGUCCACAUGAUUGAUAUAAUCGCGCCCUGAUAAGUGAGGAAGCAGCGAGCGAGAGAGUAAACAAUUCAAGUUGUUCAAACUUUUAUCAAACACGCCGGCGGCCGGCAAAAGGCUGUUGUGCGCUCUUAGUUCAUAUUCCUAUUCCAGCUCUACUCCACCACCAUGCAUGGUUCCAGCCGGACAGAAGAAGAUGAGCAAAUGCUGGUGGUGUGUGUGCUGCAGACCCAAAAAUAGUCGUCCGUCUGUCUUAUCGCCCUCGCUCGCUGUGCCGCUUGCAAUUUCUUAUUUGAGACAAAAACAAAUAAAGAACACAACCAUCAGCAAGCAAGACGGACCAGCACAUUACCUGAGACGGCUGCACCAUCUGCCAGUCACAACAGUCCGUCCGGAGGGUUUGUCCAGAACGGACACGGUUAGCGCUAGCUGAAGGGCAUCAUCAUGAUUCAGGCGUACAUCGCGCUAGGAGUCCUAGCCAUCUGUCUAUUCUUCAAAUGGUCCUGCAGCUACUGGCGGCGGACUGCAAACAUCGAUGGGCCACAACCACUGCCAAUUUUUGGAAAUUUUCUUGAGGCCAUUAUAAGCAAAAAACAUUACGGAGAAAUUUUCGAGGAUAUCUACCGAUCCUAUCCGACGGCCUCAUGGGUGGGCGUGUAUGAACUGUUCAACAAACCGGCCGUCCUGGUUCGGGAUCUGGAGCUGGUGAAAGACGUCCUGGUGAGCAGCUUUCAGCACUUCAACGCCAACAGUUUUCGGGUGGAUGCCAAGAAUGAUCCGCUCAUGGCACGGAAUCCCUUCACCCAGGUCGAGGACCGCUGGAAGGAACUGCGGGCACAAAUUGUGCCCAUCUUUGUGGCCUCCAAGGUGCGGGCCACCUUUCCAAUCAUGAAAAGCGUAGCAGAAAACUUCUUCAACUACGUCUCGAAAACGCGCCCGCAUUCACCUGACUUCGAAGCGCAAGAGAUCUGUGCCAAGUACACCCUGGACGUGGUGUCGAGCUGUGCCUUCGGGAUCGAUGCCGAGUCGUUUACCAGUCCGGAACCGAAGUUCCGGCAGAUGACCAACCAGCUGUUCGAUGCCAACUCGACCGUCACCUGGAUUCGGACGUUUCUGGCGCUGUUUGCGCCGCAGGUCGCCUCCUGGCUGAAGCUAUCCUUCGUCCCGAAGCAUGUGGAUCGGUGGUUCCGCGGGGUUAUCAGCGAAGUGUUGAGGCAGCGCGAAAAUGGGACGGUGAAACGCAGCGACCUGUUCCAGGCCAUCUACGACAAUCUGAGGCGCAACGGCGGCAAGGUGGAGAUGGAUGACAUCGCCGGGAUGUCGAUCCUGUUCGCCUCGGAGGGCUUCGAAACGUCCAGCAUUACCAUGUGUCACUUUUUGUAUGAGCUUGCCAGUAACAAACACAUCCAGGACAAGGUCCUACAGGAGCUGGAUACCGUUAUGAAGGACACCAAUGGUGAACUGACCGAUGAGGUGGUUCAAAAGCUGAACUACAUGGAGCGAGGAAUGUACGAAACGCUUCGCUUGCAUCCGGUAACGUUCACGGUGUCCCGUGUUUGUACCAAGGACUACGAGCUGCCACCCCAAUACGCUAACGAUCAAAAGAGAGCCAUCGUCAAGAAGGGAAUGACGGUUAUCAUUCCAACCAGUGCCAUCCAUUGUGAUCCGGAGAUCUUCCCAGAUCCGUAUCGGUUUGAUCCGGAUCGAUUUUUGGAGGAGAACAAGGACAGCCGGCACCGAUACGCUUACCUCGGGUUCGGCGAGGGGCCCCGAAUUUGCCCGGGCAUGAAGUUCGGUCUUACCCAGAGCAAGAUUGGGAUGGCCACGCUGCUCAAUCGGUAUCGUGUUGAGCUGGCACCCAAACAGGAACUACCACUGGAGUUCUCGAGAACAUCUUUCCUGCGGGUGCCCAAGAAGGGUGUCUGGAUUCGAUUCGUCGAGCGAAAAUAAUCGGCCAGGCUAUUGAGCCUCGGGUAAGUACCUUUUUACUUAUGAAAAAAGUUAAUAAAGAUUUCGCUUUUCAUAAAA